UCUCCGUUCUUGGUCCCACUCGCCGGUUGCGUAGUCAGCGAUAUUAAGUUAUUAGAAGAUAACGAGGAAGAGGCACUGGCCUAACGGAGGCUGCCUGGACCCCCGAGGCACAGCGACCCAUCAAGAUGUUGCGGUUGCUCUUCGUGAUGGGGAUUGUCUUAGCGACGCCCUUGACAACAUUCUCGCUCCCCGCCGAGGACACAGAGGUCGCGCAGGACCAAGAGGGCUUACCAGAAGUUGAGGCCCUUCGAAGACGUCCUCACUGGCGCCCGCGCCCGACCUUCCACAUCGAGAGAACCACCGUGCAGAGGCCGGAGGCGCCUCUCUCCGCCGACAUAUACACGUCUGCCCUGAACACUAUUCAGCGAGAGAAACUCCCGCUCGAAGGACCUGUCCGGCUGCUGCCUCACAGCACUCUGCUCACCGAUUAUGUCUCCAAGGAGGCAUCGUCGGCGGAGGAGGAGGAGCCUGCGCCCCAGGGACCCAUGCCGGGGCGAUCGCCAGAGAGAAGACCCCUUCCCCAGGCACCCGUGCAAGACAGACCGCUGCCUCAAAGACCUCUAGCGACCAGCCCUCCGGCACAUAGACCACUGCCGCAAAGACCUCUGGCGGAUAGUCCUCUAGCACAGAGACCGCUGCCGAAAAGACCGAUGCCACACAGACCUCCCUCAGAACAAAAACCUCUCGCCGAGAGACCUGUCGCAGCGAGGCGUCCCGUGGCCAGACCCGCGGGGGACAGUGAGCAGCUUGCCGAAGGAACCUUUGGGUUCUCAUCACUCUUUCGGGACAGGGUGAGGCGACCUCUUGCUCGACGUCGGAGGCCAGUUCAGCCAGUGAGAGGCAGAGCCAGACAGCCCAACAAGCGACCGAAGGUGAGAGUGCAGGCUCUGGCUCCCCGCCACAAGCCCGGCCCAAAGCCUCGCCGCCCACAGCUGCCCCCGCCCAAACCCUACAGACCAGCCCUUCCGCCCUCAAAGCCAGCCCGUCGCCCUCCUCCUCCUCCUCCUCCUGCCUCUUCUCCACCACGCCCUCCGUCGCCCACCUUGCCACCCACCGCAGCCACCACCCCGUCUACGACCACGCAGGACCCCUUGAGUGUGCAUAACCUGGCUGGGCCGCCCUAUUUCGACACCAUCCCGCCCGAGGUGCUGCUCAUGGACGAGACAGUCACCGUUCCUUCGCUGUCGUCCACCACCAGCGUCACCACAACCACCGUCCCGCCUUACAUCGCGGACUGGCGGCCAGUGUCCACCUCCAGACCGAGAUUGACAGAGACGACCUACAGCACAGACGCCUCCUUCGACGGACGACCACCACACGGCCAAGGCAGGGACGAAGAAAAGGACCUCCACGAUCCCCAUGUAGGUUCUCACUGGCACGAGGGAUCCCAGCGGGAUGUGGAGUCGCACCGCGAUCUGUCCACGCACCGCCAAGAGGAUUCCCGAAAGGACAAGCACCCCAAGCAGGACACUCACAGGGAGAAGGACGUCGACGAUUCUCACUGGAACAAAGGCAUCGGCUGGGAGAUCAUGGGGGACCUCGACUGGUACAAUGAAUGGACCAAGAACUGGAAUAACGACUGGAACAUCGACUGGAGUAACCGGUGGUUCACUGACCCUCCUCUCAAGGACACAGACGCCCCACUGAACACUUUACCCACGGAUCCACCGAAGGAUUUCGCUGGCACGAGCAGCCCACGACCCACGUUCACACCCACCAAGCCCCCGAGCACAUUCGCGCCAUCAAACCCGCCGCAGAGAUUCGCACCCACGGAUGUUCCCCAGCGAUUCACGCCCACAGAUCAGCCACAGACUAACAUCCCGAAGAGAAAUGAUGGUUUUCAGAGGCACCCGGACGAGCCAUGGAGAGAUACCAGGUACCAAGGACACUCUCCCGGUAAUCGACGGUACCAUGAGGUGCCACCGAGGAGCCCAAGUAAUCACAAUACCCCGUCAGGUAACCGGAAUUACCAAGAAACGCCUCAAAGGGGCAUCAAUCACCAGUUUUCCUCGCCAGGUGUCCGCGUGCCCCAGGAAAUACCACGGAGAGAUACUGGUUACCAGGCAAAUUUACCAGGCAACCGAGAAUAUCAGGAAACACCACAAAGAGGCACUGUCUACCCGAGCAGUCCUUCAGGCAACCGACCGCCGAAGGACAUCCCGCAAAGAAUUACCAGUUACCAGCACGUCUCCCAGGGUACUCGCAGGCAUCCCGAGCCUCCGCACAGAGGCCGCCGCCAACCGCAAGGGCCUUCUCAAGUUCCGACGCGACACAACGGCCAUCAGGGAAUCCCCCCAGGACGCCCCGAGGAGAACACCCGCAGGACCUUCCACAGGCCAUCCCAGAGACGGCAAGGAUCCUCGGAGCAUCCUGCACAGACGAGACCUAGCGUAGUAGGACCGCCACGACCUCCGCCACCAGGGACAGUCAGCGGAGCGGCGAAAAUCCGACCGGUUUACACACCUCGGAGACCCCAGGCGCCAGGAACAGCGCCCCGUCUGCCUCCGAUGGUCCACGGCUCCAGUAGGCUAGGGCGGCCGAUGCCACAGCAACCUGCAGCCGCUUCGGUACCCGGGCCAGCGUGGAGACCAAGACGACGGAUAAUUCACAUAUAACAGUAUUGGCAAUACUGAACUCAUUGCGCAUAUAAAGAAAAACAACUUUUCUCCAAUCAAUAAAAAAUGAACACUUCCUUUCUUAUCAGCAUUCACAAGACGAAGAAAAAGAAAGAAAAAAAAAGUGACUAUAAAUCAUAUCAUAUUGAUAUGUAUAUUGUAAUGCAAGUCGAUAGAUUAGCGAAUCUUAAUAAUUUAUUCCGAUUUAUGAUUUAUAAUCCCUUUGUAAAAAAAAAGAAAAAAAAGCCAGGGGUACAUUGUGUAAAUGUACGUUAUUUAUUUACUUUCAGUCAGGGAUGGAUUGUAUAAAUGUUUGUGACGUACGUUAUUCGUUCGCUCUUGUCCAGGGAUGACUUGUAUAAACGUUUGUGAUUAAUUUUGUUUGUUCAUUGUUGCUCAUUUUGAUGUAUAUAUAUAUAUAUGUAAAAUGUACAUUCACAAGAGCCAUUUUUUUCGCUGGUCGGGAGGACUUGAAUGUUUCUUUGCAAUGCAAUGAUAUACACACAGAUACACACUGACUAAUGCACGGUCAUAUGCACGCACAAAGAAACACACGUAAGUACGUACGCACAUUCAAAAGACAGACGUUCUUAAACACACAAAUAUUAAAUGUAAAGUUAAGAUGUAUGUAAUUUAUAUGUAAUAUAGAUAAUAAAUAAUACCGAAAUUC